UUAAAAAAUAAAUUGCGCUCGAUCGUUUUCUUUUUUUUUUCUUGGAUCAUGCAGAUUCUGCCGCCCAGGACGUUAUUUGUGUUACUAGCCCACGCACAUGUGUUGUUAUCUCUGAGAAAUUAUGGCGAAGUUCGAACUAAAGCGGACAGCAACAGCAGCGCGUACUCCGGCAGGACUUUCCACGGGUCACUGCGAGAGAGUCACCAAAACAAAGCCCGGGACCGUGCGCUCUUGCCCGGGUACGCCACAGGUGCGUCCUCGGCGGAGCUCCAGGCGAUUAUCAGAGGGACCCUUAACUCCACUCACCCCUGGAAGAGGGUAAUUGCAGGAGAAAUGAGGCGGGUUGGACACAACAAGCGCGAAUAUAAUAGGACUGUGACACCCAUGGAGGAUCCCAACGCCGUCUCUCAUUGGGACCCGACGCGCCACCAUAAUAAGAGGAUAAAGUUGAAUGGCGCUCUCAGUAGUACGGGGACGCCAGCAGGUGGACACUACAAUGCGGCUAAGCCCUCGUCAAUGGGCCGGGGAGACGGAGGAGGAGGAGGGGGGACAGAGGAGGGCGACCGGCACAAGAGAGGCACAAAAGACGAGCAGAAGAAAGCCUGGAAGAGGGGGAGAAACCGGCCGAACAAAAGCUCCGUGGUUUUGGCUCAGCCUCACGAGUCGCCGUGGGAACCCAUCCCCAAACCGGUGGCGCUCACUUCCACCGACAUGCCCUUUGACCUCUUCACCAGGAGGCCCGAGUUCUUCACGUUCAGAGAGGAGAACCCGUGGGACGCCACCCCGAUCACGCCUCCCAGCUCGCAGGACUUCGGGGACGAGAUCAAGAACCCCUUCUACCCGGUGACGAGCGAGACUUACGGCGCGUACGCGAUCACGUGCGUCUCCGGGGUGAUUUUCCUGGUGGGGAUCGCGGGCAACAUCGCCAUCCUGUGCAUCGUGUGCCAGAACUACUACAUGAAGAGCAUCUCCAACUCUCUGCUGGCGAAUCUGGCCGUGUGGGAUUUUGUGCUCAUCUUCUUCUGCCUGCCCAUGGUGGUGUUCCACGAACUCACCAAGUCUUGGCUGCUGGGAGAAUUCACCUGCAAAGUGGUGCCCUAUGUGGAG